AUGUUGUCUGCCAUUGAUAUUGCCAACCUAUUUGUCACAUACAUAUGGAAGCUACAUGGCCUCCCCAAAAGCACAGUCUCAGAUAGAGGUCCCACAUUUAACGCCAAAUUCAUUUGUCAUCUCUAUAAAAGGCUGGACAUUAAGCCAACAUAUUCCACAGCGUAUCAUCCCCAGACAGAUGGACAGACUGAACGCAUACAAAGAGAAGCCGAGAUCUUUAUACAAAUGUUUGGGAAUCAUUGCCAAUCAGAUUGGGUAGCAUUACUACCAUUGGCUGAAUUUGCUUUAAACAAUUUAAAGCAAACUUCCACAGGCAAAUCCCCUUUCCAAAUUUGUUAUGGCUAUAACCCAAGAUUUUUGGUUGGUCAAAAAUCAGACAAGGUAGUUCCAAACGCAGACAAACAUGCAGAAUUUCUGGAAAAAGGAUACGACAAAGUCAAAGCAGCUCUAUCAUUAUCCCAGGAAAGAAUGAAGUACUUUUAUGAUCAAAGACAUAAAGACAAAGAUGAAAUUCAAGUAGGAGACAAGGCCUGGCUGAGUCAUCAAAACAUAUCCACAGACAGACCCUCAAUGAAACUCAGCCAUAAAAAAUUAGGACCCUACUUAGUAAUCAAAAGAAUAGGAUCACACACAUACAAACUUCAAUUACCCCACACUAUGCGCAUACACCCUGUGUUCCAUAUCAAUCUUCUUACUAAAUUUCAUCCUGACCCUCACGGACGCAACCCUCCCCAACCUGCAUCCAUUAUCACAAAAGAAGGAGAGGAGGAAUAUGAGGUUGAAAAAAUCCUGGAUAGCAAAUGGAAAGGACGUGGUAAAACAAGGAAACUCUGGUAUCUGAUUAAGUGGAAAGGAUAUGAUGAAGGAAGCAAUUCCUGGGAGCCAAUUGAUAAUGUGGCCAAUGCCAAGGAAGCAAAAGAAGAGUUCCAUAAGGAGUACCCUGAUGCAGUUGGAGCUUGA